AUGAAGUGCUGCAAAACACGCUCAAAAAAGAAAGACCCGGAGGGAAACUAUAAUCGCAAGGAUGAAGAAAAAUAUUCUAGAAAAAAUGGAUAUAUAUCAUAUAGUCAGAGCACGGAUUUCAAGUUUUUAUCCUUCUCCUGGAUGACCAAGUGGAUCAGUAUGGGUUGCAAGGGUAAACUAAAACCUGAAGAGUAUCCCAGCCUCCCAGACAGCGAUUUUGAUCAGUUUACAGCAAUGGAGUUUGGAUCUUACAUGAAUCAGCGCAGAAAUAGCGAUGGUAGUGGAUUCUUGGAACGUGUGGUAGGAAGAACACGUUUGUCAAUUAUGAAAGUCUUUAGGCACUCUUUAAUCUGGCUCAUUGUAUUCACUGCCCUACGAGAUAUUUUUGAGGUUAUUAACGUUUACCUUUUACAGCGAAUUAUGAAGCAAGAUUUACCAAAAGACAGUGGAGCAAUUUUAAAUUACAUUGUUUUAGCAUUUAUUGUAUGUUUGGUACAACUGUUGGAUAUUUUUAUAGAUGGGCAUCACCACUUUAUCGUCAUAGAAUCUAGAAUUAUCACAAAGGACUAUGUUGAAGAGGAUACUAAUGACCAAGUGACGCGGGAAAGAAUGAAGAGGAGGGGAGGAAUUGCAAAAUUCUUUGAUAAUAGUGAUAGAAAUGGGUCCACACUUUCAAAUGUAGAGGAUGAUUUGAGUGUAAUGAAUUUGGCCUUGUUUGAUAUAACAGAGGUAGCUUGGGGGAUUUUAAAACUUGUGCAUUUAAUGACUGUUCCACUGAAAAUUAUAAUUGUGGGUACUUGGCUUUACUCUCAAGUAGCUACCACAGCCAUCAAGGGGAUCUGCUUUAUUCUCAUGGUGACAGUUUUAAUGCUCCUCGCAGAGUGUCAGAGUGCUCGUAUGAUUAAACGGUAUGUACACCGCAUGGAUUUGCGUAUUUUUAAGACCCAAACGAUUCUUGAAGAUUUGAGAAAUCUGAGAUUAUUGAGGUGGAUUCCCUUGGCCAUAGAUUCCAUUAUAAAUAGUAGAAUACAUGAACUUCAAAUUUGUCUUAAAAGAACAUAUUUAACUGCUAUUGGAUCGUGGUUGGGUUCCUCACUCCCCAAAAUGCUUGCUCUUGCAGUGUUUUUAAUUUCAAUUGCAGAGUAUGGAGUGUCUUUGGAUCCUAGCUUCUCCAUUCCGCUCUUGCAUACAUUGAAUUAUUUUAUUCGACCAUUCAAGGAAAUACCUUCAGACAUUAGUGACCAUUUGGAAACGACGGUAUCAUGUAAUCGCGUUGAAUCAUUCAUAUACCGCAAGGAGUUAGACUGCCAUAUUAAAACACGUUAUGAUGAAUUGAGUAAGAGAAAGGUUGUUAAUGGAGUACGUGUACAAAAGAAGUGGUACAAGCAAAUUUUAAAGAGUUUGGUCUCUCAUAGCCCCAAGACUCGCUCACGCACACGCCUUCUUUUUGGGAGAUUUAGAAAACGCAAAAAUAUUUUGAGAAUUAAUAGUACAGCCGAUGUAAUAGAAAAUGUUGGUGCAAAAAGACAAGCAACAUAUGAAUCGACAAUCCUUUUACCAAUAGAUUACAAAAUUAUCAAUAAGCGUAUGGAAAGCGUUUUGGAUAACGAAUGGAAGACUGGAGAUAUCAAAAAGAGAUUAACGAUAGAAAAGGACUGGGAAGAUUGCCAUUAUUGUGAGGACUAUCCAUUUGUAGUAAAGCUGGAUAAUGCCACCUUUUGUAGAAGCGGUAAAGUUAACUUGAAGAAUAUUUCCCUUACACUGGAAAUUGGACAGAUCGCCAUGAUAAUUGGACCUUGCGGAUCUGGAAAAUCCUCUCUUAUUCAAGCUAUAAUGGGUAGCUGUACACUUUAUAGUGGAAGAUGCAUUGUGCCUCCUUUAGAGUUUUCGUUACCUAUUGGCUAUGUGGGUCAAAAUCCAUGGAUAAGUGCGGGGAGUGUACGUGAAAUUAUUCUUUUUGGACACGAAUAUAAUGAAUGCUUAUAUUCUCAUGUAGUUAAAACUGUAGAACUUGAUAUAGACUUUAAGUCUUGGGAUAAGGGAGACUUUAGGAGAGUGGAUGAAGGAGGACAAAAUUUGAGUACCGGGCAACGAGUUAGAAUCUCUCUCGCAAGAACCAUUUAUAACAUGAAGAUUACAGCAUAUGAAAAUGUUGUUAAAAAUGCAGAUGAAACUAGGGAGUUUUAUUCAUUUCAUGAAAAAUACACACUUUAUUGUUUGGACGAUGUAUUCUCAGUUUUAGAUCCUUCGCUUUGCACAAGGGUAUUUAAUCGCCUUUUUGGACCAUUUGGAAUGCUAAAGGAUGCUUCAACUAUACUUGUAGUACAACCAAACUUUUUUGCACUUGUAAAUGGCUCAUUUGCACAAGAGGGACAAUUUUUCAUUUAUAGCAUGAAUGAUGGAUCAAUGGAAUUGACAAGUAAGUCAAUUUCCGAAUAUCUGGAAACUCAUGGUAAUGUAUCCUCUAGAAUGAGCGCUUCUGGAGUUAGCAGUUGUGAUUACAUGUAUGGAAUUACCAUUGAUGGUGUUUGUAACUCAUAUGGAGCGAGCAGUAAUGAUGAAUUGUCAGAAGUAGAGAGCAUUGUUUCACUGGAAACCCCUCUUGGCAAGAAUGACAAUGUUCCAGAAAUUGUUCAAUAUUUCUCAAUUGAGGAUGACAAAUGUUUAACCCAAUCAGAUGAUCAAAGUAUUGACGCUCAACGCAUAGACUCGGAUGCAUCAUUUCUCCUCUCUUGUAUAUCUUCUAAUAUUUCAAUUGAUGAUUCAAUAACUUUCCCAGAAGAUUCAGACGCCUUUACCAAAACUAUUGAGGCGGGAAAGAAGUCAGUUGUUUACCGAGAGGAUUCACCAAGAAUAUCACAAGUCAGUACAGCCUCUGCAUUGUUAUCAGCGAGAAUAGGAACGGAUGUUAUCAGAGAAACUAGUGUUAAAUGCAAGGAAUUUUGCCACAAGAGUCAUGAAGAUGAGUUGAUCAAGGUAACAAGUUCAGACUUUAAAGUCUUGUCUUUUGGUAGUGGAAGCGUGAAACAGGAGUCAUUUAUCUACAAGGAUGAGUCUUGUGUGAAUGAUGACGAAUGCAUUGAAAAAUGUGCGAGGGGGGCAAUUAAAGUUGAAAAUUUUGCAUGGUAUCUGAAAAAGGUUGAUCUAAAACUCGUUGUUUUACUUUUGAUGAUUUCUACAAUCGCCAUGACACUUGAUGUUGGAGGAGAAAUGGUAAUUACACAAUGGACUGCUCUGGGCAAGAAAAAAGUUUGCACUGAGCCCAUCAUUCAACCAAAUCACCCGGAUGGUAUUGAAACGGUGCAAGAUGAAAACACUGAAAAAAAGUUAAACCAUUUGUACACCUUUACAUUCUUGACGAGUGCCACAAUUGUUUUAUUUUUGUGGCGUUCAUUAAUAGAGGCGCAGGGUACUUUGAAUGCAGCCCACAAGGUUUAUGAAUCAGCCCUUAAAGGUAUAUUAAAUUGUUCAGUUUCUCAGUUAAACAAAACUCCAAUUGGAAGCAUCAACAACAAGUUAUCUACGGAUCAGUCUUAUGUUGAUUACAGCAUUUUUAGACGUUUCUCUCAGACUUCCUCCACCAUUAUCUUUGUCAUUCUUACUGCAAUUUCCUUGUGUUAUUUAAGUAUGUGGGUUAUUCCUAUCAUGCCUAUUUUGAUACUUUUGUCAUAUACAUUGGUUUUCCGGAACUACAUUCCAAUGUGCAUGGAGAACAUGAGGGCUACUCUACAAUCUAGAAGUUCGCUGGUUUCUGUCUUGAGUCAGACGAUAAACGGAGCAAAUGUUGUACGUACAAGCAAGCGAGAAGAAUAUACAAUGGAGCUAUUCUUGUCAAAGUUGUACACCCAUCAAAAGACAAAGCUAUUUUCAUACGCUUCUGGGAGCUGGACAAUCAUAAGGUUGCGUUUCAUUGCAUAUCCGCUAAUCCUUAUAAACAUUCUCAUGCCAAUAGUACCACUAAUUUAUAGGAUUAUUGUCUAUGGAGUGAUUGAUGACGUGCGAGAAAAAAUUGUAAGUCCAGAUGUCGGAUUAGCACUCACAUAUUCCAUGAAGUUUGCGAAAUUGUUAAAGACUACACUAUCUCGUAUGGUUGAACUGGAGUCUGAAAUGUGCGCAUCACAACGACUACAAGAACUUGCGAGAAUGUCCCCAGAGUAUAGGAUUGAGGAUGAACGAAUAUUUUCCCUAAAACGCACUAGUCCCAAGGUUAGCUCACUAAAACAACUGGGAGAACGUAAAGGUGUCACUGUAAUUGAUCUAAGUGUAGACUAUGAUGCAGAUUUGGAAACUGAAAAGAAAUCAAGGCAUAAAACAUCAUUGGAAAAGAUAAACUUUGUCGCAGAGGCAUGCCAAAUGAUUGGAAUUGUUGGUAGAACUGGUGCAGGAAAAUCAACACUUUUAUUGGCUUUGUCAGGUUCAUUACCAUUUAGCGGAAGAAUUUUGCUUGAUGAUGUUGAUAUUCAACAAGUGGAGGAUGUUGACGACUAUGUUGGAAACAUUCCGCAUACACCACCGCUUUUGGCUGGAUGGACCGUGCGGGAUUGUGUAGAUCCCUAUGGAAAAUACAGCGACGAAGCCAUUUGGAACGCACUGGAAGCAUGUUCAGUCGACGGAUUCGUCAAGGGCAUUGCUGCAAAAUUUAAUGGUGGUCAGCAGCAACGGGACCUCCAAGUUGGAAUUAAAAAGUCUUGGGAGAGUAUGUGUACAGAUGACUCUUCAAUUGUCGUUUCAGAUUCCUAUUUGCAGUACCUCAACUUGGCCCGCUUGUAUCUCAAGAGGGAAAAGCUACGCCUAGUGCUCAUUGAUGAGGCAGCAUACGUUGAGAAUGAAAUGGUUCCAAUGCAUGUAUUGCUAAAGGAACACUUUUCACACUGUACAAUAUUUAUCGUUGCACAUCAUACAGAGUCAUUGACACUUUGUGAUCGUGUACUGAUUUUGGACCAAGGAAGACUUGUGGGUGAAUCAAAGGCACCUGAAACUCUAAAUGUUUAA